AGUAAUGAACGGUAGAGUUUGAGCUCCGCAAGUGUACUGUAUUGUGAGUGAUCGUGAAUUCAAAGUAACCAUGAAAGUCUGUCUUAUUGUAUCUCUAGUGUUAUGCCUGUCGUGUAUUUCGUUAGCAGUAGAAGUUAAACAUAAAUCCUCACAUUCGGCUGCUCAGGGACAUGGACAUGAUGAUAAAGGUGGACAAGUCGUUGUAAAGAAACAUGGAAGUUCAAGUGGGAAAAGCAGCAAACAUGAUGAAGCACAUGCCAAUAAAGGUCAAGAACUACAAGAUUUACAUAAAACGUCGCACUUAGAAAAGGGUGGAAAAAAAACAUCACACAAUGAAGAGGGUGGUCAUCAAUCAGCUAAACACAGUAGUGGAGGGUCCCAUCAUGGCUUAAAGUACCAAGAAGGGAAGAAACAUAAGAAAGCAAAUUACUUGAAAGGUUUCCGCGAGAAGUACCAUAAAGACGAAUCUAACAAACAUGACAGUUUCUUUAGUAACGGAGAAAAGAGUGGCGAAUUCGAAAUUUUUGGGAAGAAAAAUUCAAAAUAUUCUUCCGAAAGUUUCGCCAAAAAGAAAGGAAAGAAUCAUAAGAAUGCAUCGUCAGCCAAAACCGGCGGUAAGGCAUAUAAAUCUGGAAAAACACAUCAUGAUUCUGAUGCCAAAGCUCAUAAAGGACAGGGUGGUUUUGAAAAACAUCAUAAAAGCGCAGACAAAUACGCCAAAAAGCACGCUUCCCAUGGAGGCAAAAAAUAUAAAGUGCAUUCAGUUUAAGAUGUAAUAUUUAUAAAAAUUAUAAAUAGAGAAAGUAUUUUGUUAAUACAUUUAUUUGUAAGUUUGAAACAAAUUUUGUAAAUUUUUUUAACUAAAAUAGACAUUUGGUAACAGAAAUAUAAAAU